GAAAAAGCGAAGGAGAGAGUUCAUUGAAUUUGAUUUAGAAACAUGCCAGAGCAAUUACGAGUACGCAUUUCGGAAGACGUUCUCUGUCUCUUUCUCUCUCGCACACAAAUACACGCGAUCCCUUUUCUAGAAGAUAUAAAAGGUGACGUAAGGGAAGGGGAGGACAUACAUAGGGAGCUUGAUUUCGGGUUUUGUACGAGACUCCGCGAUGGCGUUGAAGCCAACAAAAGAUAAGCCGUUAUUUAUAACCCAACUUAAGGGGGUUGAGAGAUCACGGGGAUGGCGGUUCCAAGAAGAGAAUGAAAUUAUUUUCGAAUCUCGACUAGAGUUUCGAGUAACUCGCACACGAAUUCAACAUUUUCAUUCUUAGAAAUUAUAAAAGAAAAAAGAAAAAGACAAAAAAAAAAAAAAAGAAAAGAAAGAAAGCAAUAGAAAAAUAUUGUGUCUGACCUUCGGUUCAUUCGGCAGACCAAAAGUUAAAUCUCAGGAAAAUGUCAAUAACAACACGAAAAAAAAAAAAAAGAAAAAGAACAGGAAUAUGAAGAAACGGGAAAAAAAGCAUGAUAAAGAUCUUCAAUGCUCGUACCUCCCGUUCUUACGAGAUUCAGUGAUGCAUGCUCGAAAAAUUUAAGAAGAACCGGAGAAAAUAUCGAAAGAUUCACGUUCACUGGUAAAAAGGGGUGGGGUUGAGGUGUCCCGAGUAGAAGCUCUGGCAGUGCCGCGCGCGCUUCAGCUGGUGGGGAUAGAGGAUGAGGGCUGGAUGAGGGUAAGAGGAGUGGGAGGUCGUCGCUGCAGAGAACGUGCAUCCCCGUCAAGUUAGGUGUGGUAGUGGUGAUGGUGGUGGUGGUGGUAGUGGUGGUGGUCGUGAGCUGGCUCCUCGAACUGAUCAAUACCUGAAACACCGCGAGGUAUCGUCCCGUUAUUUCCGGUCUCCCAGCGAGACCGGAAAUGAAGGCGUUAAAAAUAUAUACCUAACUUCGUCCUAUAUAUACAUAUAUAUAUAUAUAUAUAUAUGUAUAUAUAUGUAUAUAUAUAGAAAGAGAUAUAUAGAGACCGGUAGCAAGGACCAAGAAUUUCUACUUGGCUACGACAGCGAACGAAGACAUUAUAUAUCCUUCCUUCGUUGCUAACGUGGCUGGCCUCAAUAGUCCUGUACCGAUAGAAUCAGAAAGAGUAAGAGAAUGGGAGGGAGAGAGAGAGUGAGAUAGAAAGAGAGAGAGAGAGAGAGAGAGAGAGAGAAGAUGAGAGAAUUCUAGGUCUUCUUAUUGUGUUAGAUGCAAUCCUGACGGUAUACUAGAAAAUAUAAGAAAAAAAGAAAAAAGAAAAAAAUUCUUCAAUCUCAAGAGAAAUUCAUUUAUAUACAAAAAUAUUCCUAGGGAUAACCUAAAGAAAAAAUUUUUAUGAAUUCGAUAAAAUUUCAAUUUGUUAGGACUUAUUUCUUCGUGAAAGGAAUAAAAAAUUUGAGAGGAAAGAAAUAAAAUCAUUUCAAGCUUAAUUCCCACCAAGUUUUGUCGGCAUAAACAUCAGGAAUUUGAGGGCGUGACCAAGAGUCCGGUAUAGAAGUCCGGAUUUGCGAAAUCGUUGCGAAGGGGUUGGUUUAAUAUCAACAGGUAGAGCAAGCCCGUUCUCGUCCCCACCGGAUAAGCUGAGGGUUAAGCGCCGGCGCUAGCUAAACCUCUGGCACCCUCCCUGGAGGGUGUGACCUACUCUUCCCAUUGGCCCGAGUGGACGUGUGAAAAAGAGAGAGUUCCUGUAGUCCUGCGCGGAUAAGACCUUUUUAAAUCUUUUGCCUUUCAGAGAGGGUGGAGCCUUUCUCUUGACAAUUUUUUUUUUUUUCUUCAUAUUUUCAUUAAUGAAACAACUUGUCUCAUCGUUCAAUGUUAAAUAACAGAAGGAAACGAAGAUUAGACUAAAUCUCGAUUCGAUGAGUUUUAACAUAAUUUAAAGAAAUAAAUGAAUAAAACUCAUUCCUUCUCUUUCGGGAUUUUUCUUUCAAGCAAAAAAAAAAAAAAGAAAACGUCGUUGGAAGUUUGUCCUAAUCUAUGCUACACACACGUUAUCGAUCUAAUCCUCAGAAGUAGCUAUUACCUCGGAAAAGGAAAAAAAAAAGAAAAAAAAAGAAAAAUUGGAAAAAAGAAGAGUAUCGAAGUAGAUGCUUCUGUCGGAUCGACGUAGAAACGAAGAGGUAGGAAAAAGGAGAAGAAAAGGUCGUAAUACAGCGACGGUAAAAUAGUAGAAGGGGAAAAUAUCCGCAUGGGUCAGCCAAGAGAGGCUUAUACCGAAGAACCGAGCAGCCUCAAUAUCGGCUUUCGGAAUGCUUCAGGUUUUACAAACGAACCGUUUUCUGUAUCAGCAGUGGAGAACUACCGGCAACGAAACGUAGGCACUCCGUUGAAGAAAAGGAAACGAUCGAAAGAGUUUUUAGAUUUUGUAAGUUAAGUAAAUCCUUCUCAAUUAGAUUUUUAAAGGAAAGGCGAGAAACAGGAAAAAAAGAAAAAAGGAUGAUUUUCAUAACGCCCGCUCUUUCUAUUUCUUCUUAUCAGAGGGAAUAAUCGCGCCAUUACACAUUGCCUUGGUUAUCUUACGGAGAUAUCGUAGCAACGUACCUCACUCAUUACUUAUCAAAGAUAAGUCCUCAGUAGUUUUCAGAAUUGUUCACAGAACUGUCGGGCCAGGUCGGUCAUCGAUCGGCUUCAAUUUUCACAUAACUUUCGAUAAAUCUUACGACGGAAGAAAAUGUGAUAUCUUUCGACCGAUAGAAAAUUAUAUUUCUAUGGUGAUAAAAGUUAACGAUGGUGUCGAUGAAAAUUUCAUUACUUUUGAACACGUGGCCGUAAGACGAAGAUGGAGUUCAAAAAAACGAUGAGCCUAUUUGUGAUUCAUUUCCUAGUGAUUUACCACCUACAAACUUUACCACUAGCUCACGGUUUUUGUCCCGUUAAAUGUUUGUGCUACUUCGGUCGACGCCCAAGAACUGUCAUGUGUUCGAAACAGGGCCUAACGAAAUUUCCAUCGAAUGUAACCGACAUUGUAGAACAUUUGGAUUUAUCGAAUAAUCUAUUGACAGAGAUCACGGAUGAUAUAGAACGCUUCAAAGAUCUACAAUACCUAAACUUAGCUAGAAACCAAUUACAUUCCUUACCAAACGGUAUAGGAAACUUGAACAAUUUACGUAAAUUAGAUCUCUCGGAAAAUAAUAUCAACGAUAUAAUCGAUAUAGCAUCUAUCAAUCGACUACCUUCUUUGAUGAUCAUCUUCUUAUCUAAAAAUCCUAUAACAGAAUUAAAAAACUUGAAUAAUAGUGUCCUCCAAGCGGUAGAAGCGAGUUACUGUGCGAUAAAACAGAUCGACGAUACAACGUUAAAAGGAUUGCCAGAUUUGAUGAGCCUAAGCUUAAGAGGAAAUCCAUUGAAAACGAUUCGAAGGCCAUUCAGCAAGAAGUUACGAUGGUUAGACAUGUCCCAUUGUCUUUUGAAUUAUUUAAGUCCUGAUACUUUCGGUGGUUUCUCAGUUCUAGAGGAAUUACGUCUGAAUAAUAAUCCUAUGCUCGCUUACAGUACAAGGAAUUCUACUCUGCAACACUUGAAUUUGAGACAACUGGAUGUUUCAAAUUGUAAUUUGGACAGACCAGGUCUCCAUGGUUUGCCAUCGUUAACGCAUGCGAGAUUAUCUCGAAAUGUAAUACGUCUACUUCCAAAUCGAAUUUUUGCAAGAAACAGACAACUAACUCAUCUAUUUUUAAAUUCAAAUGGUAUAGAACAUUUGAAUAUAAGUACCUUUGAAGGACUGGUGAAACUUCAUCAUCUGGAUCUAUCAGCGAACGCUCUUGAGUUAAUCAACUCUUCAAUGUUUUUUGAUAAUAUUGAACUUAAAUCUCUCAAUCUCUCUUAUAAUAACCUGUAUCAAUUUCCAAAUGUGACGUCGGCUUUGACGUCUUUAGAUUUAUCUUUCAAUUUCAUAGAAACGUUGGAAAGGAAUUCCUUGAACCGUAUGUCCAAAAUAAAAAGUUUAAACCUAAGUGAUAAUUGGUUACAACGUUUACCCAAUGGAUUACAAUCCUCGACUUUGACAAUGCUAAAUAUACGAAGAAAUAGACUCAUGGAAUUAAAUAACAGUAGUUUCGUAGAAUUACCUGCACUUGAAAGAAUCGACGUUUCAGGUAAUCGUCUAACUGAAGCGAUCGAUCCAAGUAUUUUUCAAAACAAUAUCAAAUUAAAAACCAUUCUACUUGAGGAUAAUCCAUGGCGUUGCGAUUGCAUGCAAUUAUAUUUAACUUUUCAAUAUUUGACCAAUCCACCUGCAAAAACGUUGUCUUACUCUCUGAUCUGUCAGAGUCCAGCGAACGUCUCCGAUUACUCUUGGGAGAGUGCCUGCUAUAAUGUUUGGAACGGACAGCUUGUCUACAGUAAUAACAAAAUGUGGGGUUUUUUUUUGAUAUGCGUGUUCGUCCUGAUUGUUUUAGUGGGCACAGUCACGUCCAUCAAACAUUCGAUCAAAAUGAAGAGACGAGCUAUCGUAGAAAGACGUCGUAUCGAUAGAAUGCAGGGCAUUGAAAGAUUAAGACUCUUACAACUUAGAAAUCAAGAGAGACAGGAAACUUCGGAGCAACCACCUGAGCCAAGAAUUCAUCCUUUAGAAUUGAUCGGACCUCCAAGUUAUGAGGAGGCUGUACAGAUGCCAAGACUGACGCACUCAUUGGAUACAUUAAACGAAAUUUCUGUAGAGAAUAUUAGCUUGACUAGACUGGGCUCUGUCGAUAAUCUACAAAACAAGAGAAAAAGAUCGAGAAGAUCGAGAAAGAGAAUCCAAAGCGAAGACAAUUUAUUGAGAAGAGAAGAGCGUAGAGUUGAAAGACUAAGAAGAGAAAGAAGUAACUCAGCUAGUAACGUUUCUGAAAACGAACAAGGACUACGAAUGACGAAUUCCACAAGGUCUAGGUCUUCGUCCACUCGUCGACAGAGAAGGACAAAUACUAUAGAAGAACUCGAUGAGUCUGCUGGUAGUAGUAAAAGUCGGCCGAGACCGCAAACACCAAGUACUAAAAAGAAAAAACGUAGAAUAACGAUUAGAGACGGACAUUCGACGGACGAUGAGGAUUCCGACAUCCAACAAAUCGCUAAGAACAGGUCGAUCGUCAUUAGAGAUCUACGGAGGGAGCCAAGAAGUGGAUAUAGGGAGGCCCAAACUGAAUGCGAAUCUUAAGACUCAACGAAGUUAAAUGUCUAUGAUGUUGUAAUACUUUGUAUAUUAUUUUUAUUAAAAACCCUUAAAAUUCUCGA